AUGUUGGCACGGCGAUGGUUCAUUAUCGACAUUCGCAAGCUUCUUCAACAGAAACGAACUAGUUUUGGGAAUCAUGCAGGUUAUGGUACUGCGAAUAUCGAUAGUAGUAAAAAAGGUGUACCGAAAUUUACUUUUCAUUACUGUUAUAAACUGUUCAAAUGGAUGACAGUGGGUUUUGUUGCCGGCAGUAGUACCAUCUAUUUAUACAAUUUGUUUAUUCCAGACUGGCGAGAACUACAAGAUAAGGAACAUUAUUACUCUGAUUGGAAGUUGCGUGCGUAUUCUUCCCUGCCGCUGAAUGCACUUUCACGUUUUGCCGGUAGCCUAGCUAAUGUUUAUAUCCCGGCGUGGUUGCGACCGAAAAUAUUCAAUAUGUAUGUUCGAGUGUAUGAUUGUCGAAUGGAUGAAGCUGAAGUGGAAGAUUUAUCAGCCUACCCGACAUUAGCAUCAUUUUUUAAUAGAUCAUUGAAAUCUACAGUUAGACCUAUUAGUGAUGCAGACUUGGUUUCUCCAGCUGAUGGAGUUGUGAUUCAUUACGGAAAAGUUAAUGAGGGCCGCAUUGAGUUUGUGAAGGGCCAUGAUUAUGAUAUUGUCGAUUUUUUAGGAACAGUGAAUAUGCAAAACAAAAAAAAAGGACACGAACUUUAUCAGCUGGUGCUUUACCUCCCUCCUGGAAAUUAUCACGGAUUUCAUGCUCCUGCGAAAUGGAUGGCAAGUGAGGAAAUACAUUUCCCCGGAUUAUUGUUGUCGGUACGACCAGCAUUUUUGCAUCGUAUGCCUCAUUUAUUUUGUAUCAAUGAACGAGUUGUUUUAAAAGGGUCCUGGAAGCAUGGUUUUUUUGCAAUGAGCGCUGUUGCAGCUACAAAUGUUGGGGAUGUUUCGAUAGACGCAGAUCCAUUGCUUCACACAAAUAUUAAACGGUUACGGAAGGAAGUGUUCAAAGCACUGCCAGUAAUUACAGAACUGGAACAAGCAUACCGACCAGGCGAUAAAGUUGGAGAGUUUCGACUGGGAUCAACAGUUGUUUUGAUAUUUGAAGCUCCUCCUACGGUACAAUUUGCGGUUCGCGCUGGUGAUAAUCUGCGCUAUGGUCAAAGUCUUGUUAUUAGUGGUUUUUGA